GUGGUAAUGUUAGUCGUUCAACGAAUGUUAUUUUCGUCGAGUGUUUGUUUCCUUAUAUUCGCAAAUGCGGCGGGUAGUGUGAAGUGGUUCUUUGGCAUAUUGGAGAAUCCACUCUUCAAGAAAUUCAAUCAAAUUACUUAUGCUCUGUUCCUGUGUAAUCCAUUACCUAUUGUGGUACUGGUUAGCUCGAAUAAUGCAAGUCGCUAUACCAGUCCAUAUAAUUUAGCAAUCGAAUACAUAGGCAUUUGCGCGGUACUAUACUUCCUCAGCUCAACUUUCGCCUUAUUUUUCGAAGUACCCUAUAAGAAUAUUUCAAAAAUGUUGGUCCACCGCACCAAAACCAAGACGAAUUAAGC